UUUUUUUUUCUUUACUACUCUUCCUUCUUUUAUCAUGACUGGUCUCAAGACAUUUAUUUGCAUUGCAGCAUCUAUUCUGAUUUUUCAGUCUUCUGUAAAUGCUGUACCUCUUCAACAAAACCGUGCACUUGUCAAAAGAGGAUCCAAAUUAAAUGGCAAAUUUCUUCAUAUCACAGAUAUUCAUAUUGAUCCUAACUAUAAAGAAGGUGCUGAUCCUCGCAGUUUAUGCCAUACGUACGGAAAGAAAAGAUCAAGCGAGAGUGGCAAAUUUGGUGCGUUAGGCACUGAUUGUGACUCGCCUGUGCCUCUUGUGAGAGCUACAUUUGACUUUCUCAAGAACGAAAUUAAUGAUAUUGAUUUUAUUAUCUAUACUGGUGAUACAGUACGACAUGAUCGAGAUGAUAAUUUACCUAGAACACAAGAUGAAGUCCUUGAUGGUCAUAAAUCUGUUAUGAAAUACUUUCAAUCUGCUUAUGAUACCAAAUACGUACCUUAUGUGCCUACGAUUGGUAACAAUGAUGUCUUUGACCACAACGAUGUCAAAAUCAACGACAAAAUUUUUGGUCAUCUUGAGACUAUUUGGGAGCCCCUUGGCCUUAACUUGACUGACGAAUUUAAUUCUGGAGGCUACUUUGUUCAACAAGUGAUUGAUGAUCAGUUGAGCAUUAUUAAUUUGAACUCUAUGUAUUUCUUUGAAAAGAACAAUGAGGCCUCUGAUUGCGAUAAGAGCGAUAGUCCUGGUGCAAUUCAGUUGAAAUGGUUAGAGAAAACAUUGAAAAGCUUUAGUGAAAAAGACGGACAUCAAGCUUAUAUCAUGAGUCAUGUUCCUCCUAUUGACGAUGAUGGUUCCAAGCUUUACAAGUCGACUUGUUACAAGCAAUAUUUUAAUUUGCUCGGUAAAUACUCAGGUGUCAUUGCUGGUCAUUUCACUGGACACACCAAUAACGACAAUCUAAAUGUGGUUGUUCCCGGGAAAAAGGAUAACUAUGAUUUUAUUGCUGCCGGUGGAAAGAAACUAAACAAAAAGGACGUUGAUAGUGCUGGCGUUGCUCUCUUUAAUUCACCCUCUAUUAUUCCUGUUAACAAUCCUGCUCUUCGUGUUUAUUCCUAUGAUGUGAGUGGUAGCGAUUAUCCUGUAGGCACCAUUCGUGAUUGGGAACAAUACUAUGUUGAUCUAGACAAGGCAAACAAUGAUGGCUCUGUCAAGUUUGAACUUGAAUACACAGCAUCCAAGCUAUACAAUGUAAAUCAUUUCGACGGCAAAGGGGUCGGCCAAGCUGUCUUGAAUCUUGCAGACGAUAAAGACGCUCGCAAGUUAUAUAAAAAAUACAUUUCUGUUUCUGUUUGAUGACUAUACCAACAUAUAUUACUUCCUCUAACAUAGAAUAAUUAUUUCAAUAAACAUGGAUAUUUCUUGUUGCAUAAGAGAGAUCUCUUAAAUGCAACUUGAGUAAGCCACAGUGACCUCUAAUUCUUUAA